AUGGGUACUGGUUUGGGAUCAAGCAGUCUGCUCGGCUAUUCAGGAACUGGAUUUUCAGGCUCGACCCUGGGGGCUUCGGCCUACAGCCCCUCCACGUUACAAACACCCUCGUCACAUUAUUUAAUGACCACACCCCGUCCUGGAUCCACCUCUCCCAGUCCUCGUGAAUACUAUCCGACACCAACACCUGACACACGACGGCAUAAAGCUGCUACAUUGACGCAGUGGUACGGCUUGAGUGCUGCAAUGAUCCCGCGGGCUACACUGGCUGGAAAUCCGUUCCACAAGUUGCAACCAUGCCAGGAAGUCCAAGGAGAGCAAUCAGACCGAGAACAACGGGAGCCCGUACCACGAGUAAUUGUGCUACGAGGCGGUCUGAGGCUUAUUCGCACUUACCACAUGUCUCGUACUGUACGAAGGCCUACCACGCCUUGUACAGACCUCGCCUUUGGCAAUAACACUACCAUCCUGGACAAGGCAAGGCCAGAUAUGAUGAUGAACGAGGACGGCAGAAUACGAAGAAUCGUGGCUACGGCGGUAUCUGAAACAAGUGGAAGGAUGAUUGAUGAAACUUUGACAUACCAUGAUUGCGUUGAAAACGAUGCUUUGAUUCAUAUCGUGAUCAUUGGAGUAUCUACGCAUUUUGCCCGCCCGUCGGAUACUGCUUACUGUGCCGCGCAUCAGAAGCACACCGAAAUUAUUUUUACCAAAACUACAGGAUAUUUGAAACUGCGAAUUUUACGCAGAAAAACGAUUAUGCAAUUGACGAAAGCAAGUGAUGAAAGCAAAAUAAACGUAGAGAACAACACAUUCACGGAUUCACGGAUUGAUACACAGGAUCGAGGCUAUCGCCCAAAUUUCCCGGGUCUCUUGUUCUUGUCGGGGGAAGAGAUCAAGCAUCGCGAGGUGCGUUUCGGAGCCCACGGAUUUGAGGCCGGCAAAUAUCCUCGUAGCGGCUCGCUGGACACGCUCAAUGAGGGUGAGGUCUUUCGUGCGUCCUCAGUAGACAACUUGGUUGGCGUACUUCAGAAGCGGUCUGACGUAGGCCCCACGGAGUAUUUAGAAGUCCAUGCGAGUAAUACGGGAGAAGCCAGAGGACUCGGUGUGGAUAUCGCAAGGUACUCGUUCAGCGAAGAAAGCUCCUUGUCAACUUUCAUUCAAGUCGCUGCAUUUUUAGUGCCUGAGUCCUCCAGUGCCCGUGAAAGACGCUCCAAUUUCGCGUCGGGUAUUCCGGUCAAAGCGGAACGCUGA